ACAAGUCCCCUGGGACAGCAGAGCUCACAAGCUCCUAGGACCAGAGCCAGGAAGAGACUAGAAAGAAAACAGCUCGUGUCAACAUGACUUCCAAACUGGCUGUUGCCUUCUUGGCAGUUUUCCUGCUUUCUGCAGCUCUCUGUGAGGCUGCAGUUCUGGCAAGAGUAAGUGCAGAACUUCGAUGCCAGUGCAUAAAUACGCAUUCCACACCUUUCCACCCCAAAUUUAUCAAGGAACUGAGAGUGAUUGAGAGUGGACCCCACUGUGAAAAUUCAGAAAUCAUUGUUAAGCUUGUCAAUGGAAAAGAGGUCUGCCUGGACCCCAAGGAAAAGUGGGUGCAGAAGGUUGUACAGAUAUUUUUGAAGAGAACUGAGAAGCAACAACAACAGCAGUAACAACAACAAGCAAAAACCCAUUCUCCGUGGCUCCCAAGAAUUUCUCAGUAAAGAUGCCAACACAACUUCAAUCAAAUCUACAUCUAUGCCUCAUUCCUGUGCUGGUCAGACAUAGGGUUGCCAGAGAAAUCACAGGAUGCCCAGUUAUAUUUGAAUAUUAAGUAAAACAAUGAAUUAUUUCCAGUGUCCCAUGCACGUUGUUCUAUACUAACAUUUUAAAAAUUCUUCGUUGUUUGCUGUAAAUUCAAAUUUAGCUGGAAAUCCUGUUUUGGCUUUUUGUUAUUAUAAUUAUUAAUAUUAUUAAAUCUUGCAACCCUAGGCUGCUGGCCAGCAUUCACAAGUCUCUGCUCAACUGCACCUCAGUUUCUUCUUUAUCCCCAAACUGGAGAAAAAGCUUCAGCCCCCAUCCUACCUUGAGGACAUGUGGAUGUACUUUAACUUUGAUUGACAGUCAUGUAAAAUAUUUUCAAGUGUAAUUUAUUCACUUAUUUAUUAUUUAUAUAUUUAUUUUAGUAUCAAAUAGAGUAAUGUUUGUGCAUGAAUUUGGAGAAAUGGAAAAGAAGCAUUGUUGAUAGGAUAGUCUCAUGAUAGUAGUGAAUUUCUAUUUAUUUUACAUAUUAAGUGGUGUAUUAUGGAACUAUUUUUAUCAAGGUCAUUGUAUUAUGAUCAGAGUUGCCAGAUUUGGCAAAUUGUUAAACGAACAGAAUACCCAGUUAAGUACAUUAUUAUUUAUCUGAAAUUUUAUUUGAACUAGUUAUCCUACUUUUGAAACUCCUAGUCUUGUUUUAUGACUGCAAGCUUUGUUAUGCAGUGCUGUAUUGAAUGACGUGAAUUUUAAAUUAGGACUAGUUUUUUCAAAACAGCAAAAAUUCACCAGGCAAUAUCAAUAAAGUCAUUUCUUAUUAUUUAUUCUUUAUUUUGUACAAUUAGAUUCUCAUAAUUUUAUUUAAAUUAUUGUAUGUUUUAACACCAACUUUUUUUUACCUUAAUUUGUUUUUAUGUAUUUCCAAAGAGAUUCUUUUAGUAUUUUUUAUGUUACAAAAUUGUGAGUGUAACUAUAGAACAUUUACAAUAAAAUUUAUUAUAAAAGUC